AUGGUUCUCGAGGCCACUAUGAUCGCAAUCGAUAACUCCGAGUACAUGCGUAACGGAGAUUACCUUACUACUCGUUACGAUGCACAGCUUACAGCCACAGAGUUCAUUUUCCAGAACAAGCUCAAUUCCAACCCAGAGAACACCGUGGGUUUGCUUUCGUACGGUGGCUCUGGCCCUCAAGUCUUGUCUACGCUAACAACAGAUUUUGGUAAAAUCUUGUCGGGAGCCCAUGGCACGAAGAUUGAUGGUGACAGCCAUUUCUCCAGUGGUAUCCAGGUGGCUGCCUUAGCAUUGAAGCAUAGACAGAACAAGGUACAGAGCCAACGUAUCAUUGUGUUUGUUGGAAGCCCUCUUAAGGAGACUGAGAAGGAAUUGGAGAAGUUGGCAAAGAAAAUGAAGAAAAACAACGUUGCUAUUGACGUGAUCAACUUUGGUGAAGAAGCUGUCAACACCACCAAGUUAGAAAGAUUCCAUGCUGCUGUGAAUAACCACGAUAACUCCCAUUUGGUUACUGUUCCUGCUGGAAACCGUCUCUUGUAUGAGGUUAUCGCUUCCUCGCCAAUCUUGGUGGAAGACGGUUUCGAUAUGGAGGGUGCUUCUGGCGGCGAGUUCUUCGGCGGCAUGGACCCUAACAUGGACCCAGACUUAGCAUUGGCAUUGCGUCUCUCCUUGGAGGAAGAAAAGCUGAGGCAAGAACGUGAGGCUGCUGAAAAGAAUAAGCUGCUGGGCAACUUGGAUAAAAUAGAUGAGGACGCCGAGGGUGAGAAGAAGGACGAUAAGAAGGGCGAGGAUAAGCCAAGUGAAAACUAA